GUGAAAGUGAAGUGCUGUCGACGGACACUCAGUCUCUGUUUGGACACGAUGGCAGAAGCCAGUAUUCCAGUGGCUCAGGAUCAGUUCACGUGUCCAGUGUGUCUGGAUCUGCUGAAGGAUCCAGUGACGACUGCCUGUGGACACAGUUACUGUAAGAGCUGCAUUACAGACUGCUGGAAUGAGGAGGAUCAGAAGGGAGUCUACAGCUGCCCUCAGUGCAGACAGACCUUCAGUCCCAGACCUGCUGUAGCUACAAAUGUACUGCUGGCUGAAAUGCUGGAGAAACUGAAGAUCACGAGACUCCGAACUGCUGGAUCUGAAGAUGU